CCUUUAUAUCCGUCUCCGGAGACUGUCCGCUCCACCUGGAUGAGAUCCGCCACUUUCUGAACCUGUGCCCGGAGCUCUCCCUCGGCUGGUUUGAGGAAGGGCGGCUCGUGGCGUUCAUCAUCGGCUCCCUCUGGGACCAGGACAGGCUCAGCCAGGUGAGAACCAGACCCUGUUCUUCCCGUGCNNCCAUCCACGUGCUGGCUGUGCCCCGCGCCUUCCGGCAGCAGGGCAAGGGCUCCAUCCUCAUGUGGCGGUACCUGCAGUACCUGCGGUGCCUGCCCUUCGCCCGGCGUGCCCUGCUCAUGUGCGAAGAUUUCCUCGUGCCCUUCUACCAGAAGUGCGGUUUCGAGGCGCUGGGUCCCUGCGAGGUGACGGUGGGGGAGUUGGCCUUCGUCGAGAUGCACCAUCCCGUGCGGGGACAUGCCUUCAUGCGCAGGAACAGCGGCUGCUGA